AGUAUUCCUCGCUGUUUUCCUACCUAUCCAUUACGCCGAUGAAGUCCGAGGAACAACCAAUUGGAUUAGGGAGUGCGAGACCCAGCAGGCCAAUCGCCCGGUUACAGGGGCGGGAGAGGGCGUGGUCGUAUCCUGCCCCGUGGCUGGUUCCUGGGGAGCGGGCGCCUCCCGCGGAACCCGCGGACAUGGGCACUACCUGGAAGAUUCCCGGCCGGGCGCGGCUCGCGCUCUGCCUCGCGGGCUUCGUGCUCUCCCUCUACGCGCUGCACGUGAAGGCGGCGCGCGCCCGAGACCAGAAUUACCGUGCGCUCUGCGACGUGGGCACAGCCAUCAGCUGUUCGCGAGUCUUCUCCUCCAGGUGGGGCCGGGGCUUCGGGCUGGUGGAGCACAUGCUGGGUCCCGAUAGCGUCCUCAAUCAGUCCAACAGCAUAUUCGGUUGCAUCUUCUACACACUACAGCUGCUGCUAGGCUGCCUAAGGGGACGCUGGGCCUCUGUCCUGCUGGUGCUGAGUUCCCUGGUGUCUCUCGCUGGUUCUCUUUACCUGGCCUGGAUCCUGUUCUUCGUGCUGUAUGAUUUCUGCAUCGUUUGCAUCACGACCUAUAUCAUCAAUGUGGGCCUGACAGUGCUCAGCUUCCAGGGGUUCCAGGGAUCCCAGGGCAAGGCCAAGAGGCACUGAGCCCCACCCCAAGCCAGGCUGACCUUUCUGCUCUGCUUUGGCCCAAGCACCUUGCCUGAGGGCCAUGACUGGGUCCCUAGAAGGCCCUCCGACCCACCAUCCACUAUACCCCACCCCCAGGACAAUGGACCAAAUGUGCCACCCUCUUUCCUCCACCCUAGUGCCUGCCUCUGGCCCUAUCCCCAAGGGUUGGUUUCCAAAGCUCCCACCAUUGCCCAGAGAGGAAAGGUUCUAAGCAAUUAGAUUUCUUAAAUAAACUGGCCACAUCUGA